UUCAUCAGCCACAAUUUGUUUUCUUUUUUAUAUUCUACAAAAAAUACUACGAAUUACAAAAGCAGAUUGUAUAUAUAUAAUCCAUUUCCCGCAAUCAUUCACUUUUUCCUCUCUUCUCUUAUUUCUUCUUCUUUCUCUCUCUAGCUUGCAUAUAUUAUACUAUAUUUUUUGUCUUGGUGGAGGGAGUAUUUUCUCUAAUUCCCAAUCGAAAUUGGAGAAUUUUGAGGUUUGUAUUCUUCGAAUUAUUAGAUCAGGAGCCAUGGUUGAGACGCGGCGGAGCUCGUCUGCCUCGAAGCGCACUCUAAGUGAUUCCUCACCUCCUCUGCAAAACGCCAAGCGAUCCAAGGCGGCUGAGGCGUCGGCUUCAUCAAUGAAUGAUUCGUCGGCGUCGGAGGAAGUGGUGGGCGCCGCCGUGGUGAAGGAUUCGGAGGCCGGAUCGGCUGAUCUGGCUGGCGGCAGCUUGAAGCAGCCUGAUGACUUGACGCCGCCGCCGGGGAAGGCGGCUGAGGCGGUGGCCGAAGGUGAUUCCAAUUUAGAUGCUAAUAAAGGGAAGUCGAGUGGGAUGCUAAUAAAUGUCGGGCGAAAGCGGCAGCUGAAAUCUAAUGAAACUGAAACUGGGGAUGCAUGGGGCAAACUCCUAUCUCAGUGUUCACAGAAUUCCCAUGUUGUUAUGCAUGGCCCUACAUUUAGUGUUGGUCAAGGCCGCCAGUGUGACUUGUGGGUACGAGAUCCAUUAAUCAGUAAGUUGUUGUGUAAUCUGAAGCACAUUGAGUCUGAGGGUGGGGAAUCAGUUACACUCCUUGAAAUCAAGGGAAAUAAAGGACUUGUUCAAGUUAAUGGAACGGCUUACGCAAAAGAUUCCACUAUCACUUUAAAUGGAGGUGAUGAGGUGGUCUUUAGCUCAUCGACUAAACAUGCUUAUAUUUUCCAACUCCUUACCAACACCGGAGAAUUGACAACUAGCGAGCCGCCUUCAGUCAGCAUAUUAGAAGCUCAUGGUGGAUCCACAAAUGGAUUACAUAUCGAGGCUAGAUCAGGUGAUACUUCUGCAGUUGCCGUUGCGUCAACUCUGGCCUCACUCUCGCAUCUCACAAAUGAAUUAUCUCUUAUUCCACCAUCACCUCGGAAUGGUGAGGAUGUUCAGCAAGGGUCUGAAAUUUCAUCGGUACCUUCUGCUUGCAAAGUGUCAGACAAUUGUAUCAUUGACACCGAAAUGAAAGGUCCCUCUGCCUGUAAUGACGAUGUUUCUGCAGCAGUUGUUGGGAAUACUGGUGCUCCAUCUUCUGAUAUUGCCAAUGAUAACUUGAACAAUGACGCUGAAAUUGGGAAGAUUGUAGGUGGAAACAAUGACUUAAGACCCGUUUUGCAUUUUUUAGCAGGUCCCUCAGCUUCUGAGUUUAAUAUAGGCCUAUCGCGAAUUCUUGAUGAGCAUAACAGAGGCAGAGGAGAUCAACUAAAGGGUUCUCGUCCUCCGAUUCCACAGUCGUCAAGACGUCAAAAAUUCAAAGAGAGCUUACGGCAAGGAUUAAUAGAUGUGAAAGAUCUGGAUGUUUCGUUUGAGAAAUUUCCCUAUUAUCUAAGUGAGACAACCAAGACUGUCCUUAUUGCUUCAUCAUACAUACAUUUGAAGUGUGGAAAUUUGGGAAAGCUUACUUCAGAGCUCCCUACGGUGUGCCCAAGAAUUUUGUUGUCAGGUCCAGGAGGUUCUGAAAUAUAUCAGGAAACAUUGACUAAGGCACUUGCUAAGUUUUUUGGCGUGAGACUACUUAUAGUUGAUACUAUUACAUUACCGGGUGGACCAAUAACAAAGGAAGUUGAUUCCUUAAAAGAAAGUUCAAAGCCCGAGAGAGCUAGUGUGUUUGCUAAGCGAACUACUGCUGCUGUACACAAUAAGAAACCAGCGUCAAGUCAGGAGGCUAAUAUCACCGGGGUUUCUGCUAUAGCCUCUCCUGCUCAGCCUAAGCAUGAACUAUCUACCGCUACAUCAAAGAACUACACUUUCAGAAAAGGUGAUAGAGUAAAGUUCGUGGGCUCAUUAGCAUCAGGCUUUCCCCCUCCAUUUAGGGGUCCAACUUAUGGUUCCAGAGGCAAGGUGGUUCUUGCUUUUGAAGGAAAUGGCUAUUCUAAGAUUGGGGUUAGAUUCGAUAGAGCAGUUCCCGAAGGUAAUGAUCUUGGGGGCCUCUGCGAAGAAGAUCAUGGUUUCUUUUGUUCAGCCGAUUCACUACGUCCUGAAAGCUCCAACGGAAAUGACAUAGAUGAGCUUGCCAUUAAUGAGCUCUUCGAGGUUGCAUCGAUGGAAAGUAAAAGGGGCUCGUUAAUUUUGUUUGUCAAAGACAUCGAGAAAUCGGUGAUCGGGAAUCUGGAGGCAUAUACAGCCUUCAAAAUGAAGCUGGAAGCUUUGCCUGAUAAUGUUGUUGUGAUAGCUUCACAUACUCAGACAGACACCCGAAAGGACAAACCACAACCUGGUGGAUUGCUUUUCACAAAAUUAUCAAACCAAACAGCAUUCUUCGACAUUGCUUUCGGGGAUAAUUUUGGUAAAUUGCAAGAUAAAAAUAAAGAGGCCCUAAAAAGUAUGAAGCAACUCAGUCGUCUUUUCCCAAACAAAGUGACUAUACAGAUUCCCCAGGACGAAGCCAUGUUGGAGGACUGGAAACAAAAGUUAGAUCGAGACGUUGAGACAAUGAAAUCACAGUCAAAUAUUGCCCUUUUCCACUCGGUGCUAAGUCGGACUAGCCUUGUUUGUCCUGAUUUGGAAACAUUAUGCAUUAAGGAUCAAGCUUUGUCUGGUGAAAAUGUUGAAAGAGCUAUUGGCUGGGCUGUAACUCAUCACUACAUGCACUACACUCUCCCAAAGUUCAUAGAUAAAAAAAUGGUUAUUUCAAGUGCAAGUAUCAAAUAUGGGCUCGACAUUCUACAAGGCAUCCAAGAUGAAAACAAGAGUUUGAAGAAAUCUCUCAAGGACGUGGUCACUGAUAAUGAAUUCGAGAAAAAGCUCCUUGCUGAGGUCAUUCCACCCGGUGACAUUGGAGUCAGUUUCGACAACAUUGGAGCGUUGGAAAAUGUGAAGGAAACUUUGAAGGAAUUAGUGAUGCUACCUCUGCAAAGGCCAGAGUUGUUCAGCAAAGGACAGCUUAGAAAACCUUGUAAGGGAAUAUUGCUCUUUGGGCCUCCCGGCACAGGUAAAACAAUGCUUGCAAAAGCUGUAGCAACGGAAGCUGGUGCAAAUUUCAUCAAUAUAUCCAUGUCAAGCAUCACGUCAAAGUGGUUUGGUGAAGGGGAGAAAUACGUGAAAGCAGUCUUCACUUUGGCCAGCAAAAUAUCGCCUAGCGUUAUUUUUGUUGAUGAGGUUGACAGUAUGUUAGGGAGACGGGAAACCCCAGGAGAGCACGAAGCAAUGCGUAAAAUGAAAAAUGAAUUUAUGGUGAACUGGGAUGGCUUGCGUACAAAGGAUAAGGAACGUGUACUGGUACUUGCAGCAACAAAUAGGCCUUUUGAUUUGGAUGAGGCAGUAAUCAGGAGGCUUCCCAGGAGGUUGAUGGUCAGUCUGCCCGAAGCUCAAAAUAGGGAGAAAAUCUUGAAGGUGAUAUUAGCCACAGAAGAGAUGGGUCCAGAUGUUGAUCUGGAAGCAGUUGCUAAAAUGACCGAGGGGUAUUCAGGAAGUGAUCUAAAGAAUCUUUGUGUGGCAGCUGCACAUUACCCAAUAAGACAAAUUUUGGAGAAGGAGAAGAAGGAGAAAGCUUUGGCUCUGGCUGAGAACAGACCAUUGCCUUCAUUGCAUAGCUGUUCUGAUGUUCGGUGCCUGAGUAUGGAUGACUUCAAACACGCACACGAACAGGUAUGUGCAAGUGUUGCAUCAGAAUCACAAAACAUGAACGAGCUUCAACAGUGGAACGAAUUAUACGGGGAGGGUGGAUCAAGAAAGAAGACAUCACUUAGCUACUUCAUGUAGAGGGAGAUACAGGAGCUGUAUAGUAUAUUACAUCUAGGCGGUUCGCUCUUUUUUUUAUUUUUCCUUCUGUGAGACGGGGUCCUGCGCUCGUGAAAAUCCGAUCACAGGUUCGUCCGACCUAUAAAACCUCGGCGUUGUGCAUCAUCAUAUGUGUAGUUCAUGGGUAAUUCUGUCACCACCAGAUAAAAAAAUAUCACUUUAGCUUAUUCUACUGAUUUUUCCUUCUUCAUCAUUGCCUGUAUAUUCUUGUUUAAUUUAAUAAAUAUAUUCAAAUAUACUUCUCUUCUGAUUUCA